AUGAAUGGUUCAAAUCAUCAUAUUCAAAGCAGUAGUUUACCUAGAUUACCUUCAUUUCAACAAUUGAAUGAAACCAUCCGAAACCCUGAAAUAGCGCAGGUUCCACCGCUGCAACAAUCACAAUCUCAAUCACAACAGAAUCUUCAAAACCAUCAACUAUCAAAUCACAGAUUUCAAUACACCAAUAAUGAUUAUAAAACCUUAAUGCAAUAUAACAAUCCAAAUUAUACACAAAAUGGCGUUAAUAAUACCAAUUCAACCAAUAAUAUAAGUAUGGAAUAUUCUUAUGGGCCAUCAUUACAUGGCCGUCAUGAAAGUUAUCCUAACCAAUAUACGUAUCCUAAUCCAGAUGUAUUGAAACAACCAUUAACUAAUCGAAAUUCCCUGACUUAUAUGGAUAGGAAUAAAGCAUAUUCUUAUGGACACGAAUUUGCCAACCAAUUGAAUAAUGGGAAAAUUGGCAAUACCAUAGGAGAGUAUAAAUUUGUUAACGAUUUAAUUCAAUUCUUGAUGAGAUUUGAAAUCAAGUGUAAUGAAUUGAAGCGUUGUGGUCCUAAUGGUGCUUCUGAAUUGAAUGAUAUUGGUGUCAACAAUGAAGUUAGUAAUUUAACGGAGAACUUCAUGUCGGCAUUACCUGUUGAAGAUUUGGAUGAGGCGUUGAGUAAUAUUAAGAGAAUUGCUCAGAUUUUUGAAACUAUUAAAGUUCAUAAUGAACAUACUAAAACAAAUGGAUUAAAGAGAAGCGGGUUAUUUGUUUAUGAAAAUGGGAUUAAAAAGCAACACAUUGAGAAGAAGAAACAUAUUCGCAAAAGACAAUCAAAAAAUGGAAACAUUAAUGGGUCAUUGAUUGCAGGUGGGGAACUUGUCCCUAUGGAUGUGCAUAUCAGUCAAAAUGGUUCAACUACCAGUACCACCAAUGGCAAUGGUACUCAUACAAAUAAGAAUGGCAAUAGCAAUAACAAUAGCAAUAGCAAUAGCAAUAGCAAUAGCAAUAGCAAUGGCAAUGGAAUUGAUCAUCAUGAAAUUGCUUCUGGAGAGCAUAAUGUCAGUAUGAAGCGAUUUUCGUCUACUGGUGAAUUGAACCCACAGAUGACAUUGAAACCUGAGAUUACUUGUCAGCAUUGCUGUUCACAAGAAACACCAGAAUGGAGACGUGGUCCAGAAGGAAGUCGAACAUUGUGUAAUGCCUGUGGAUUGUUUUAUUCCAAGUUGAUUAAAAAAUACGGAUUACGAGAAGCAGAUAAAGUUAUGUUGCAACGCAAACAAACUGGUACUGUUAAUGACAGAAGAAUUUUUUAA